GCGUGACUAUUCUUCUUUGUGUCUGUGCGAUGGCAUAGUUCCGACCGUACGAAGUGAAUUCGAGUCCAAGAAGUUAAAUAUGAAUCACUUGCAACUGGAAUAAUUUAUAUUUAUAAAUGAUGGAUAUUGAAAGAUUAAUUAAAAAGAAGAAACGGGUCAAACGUGAUGGCAAUCUUCAGCAAUUGGCUGAAAUUGUUAAAGAGCUUGGAGAUGUAUAUUUUGAAAGUGGCAAGUAUGAAGAUGCUUUGCAGGAGUAUACAGAACAAUUGGAAAUUUGCAAUAUCUUGCAAGACAAAUUAAAUAUAGCAGUAGCUCACAGAAUGAUUGGAGAGAUACAAAUAAAUCUUGGCACCUAUGAGAAAGCAUUAGAGCAUCAAAAUCUUUACUUGGAAGGAGCCAAAGAAAUAAAAAAUUUAUUAGAAGAGCAACGAGCUUAUGCAACAUUAGGUAGAACAUAUUUCUGCUGGGCUGAAAGUUUGCCUGAAGAAUCUGAAAAGAAACCUGAUGCUCUCACAAAUGCAAGAAAAGCAUACAUGAAGAGCAUACAUCUUUGCAAUGAACUAAGUGAUACUAACAUCAAAUUGAAGGAACUGAUUACAAUGAGAGCACGAUUAUUACUGAAUUUGGGAUUAGUACUAGAAGGUGAAAAAAAACAUCAAGAGGCUAUUGAUCUAUUGGAAAAAGCUGCAGGUUUAUGUAAGACACAUAAUUUACGAGAAGAUUUUCACAGAACGCAAAUUGCUCUUGGAGGAAUUCAUGAAAGAAAUUGUGAUUAUGAUCUGGCUUUAACACAUUUUGAAUCUGCCACUGAAGUCGAUAAUUCAACUUUAAAAGCGGAAGCACGAUUUCUCCAAGCAGAAUUGCUUUUAAAAAUAGAAAAAUGGUCUGAAUCGCGGAAAAUAUUAGUCCCUCUUUACGUUACGGAUAACUUACCGGAAACUCUGAAACGUCAAAUAGAAAAAUGUCUCAGGAUAGUUGUAACGUUACAAACAACUGAAGAAGCUUUAAGUACAGAAGAAAAUACCAGCAUUAAGUUGAAAUAUUAUGAAACAUUAGGAGAUGCAGCAGUGGCUGCACAUUGUUUUGAAAAAGCUGUAGAAUAUUACAGAAAAAUGCUCGUAUAUGCAGAAGAAACUGAAAGCGAGCGUACAGGGGCAGCUUUACUAAGUUUAGCCCAAACAUUGAAAGAUGUUGGUCGAUAUAAUGAAGCAUUGGAUUUUGCUUAUAGAGAAUUAAAACUAUGUAUAGAUCCACGUGAAAUAUGUAGAUCUGCUUUGUUUCUGGCAGAUUUAUUAAUAGCUACUAAAGCAACUGCCGAGAAAGUUGAAGAAAUUUACAGUUUAGCCUUGGAAAAUGCAAAAACUUGCAAUGAUGUUUCUUUAAAAGUAAGUGUAUUAACAGAACGUUUAAAUUAUUUAACCAAUACUGAUAGAACAGAAGAAAUAAAAAUACUUACAGAAGAUCUAAAUAAAUUGGAGGAAUUAUGUAAUGAUACAGAUAAUGAAAGUGAAUCAGAAGAAACUAUUGGUACAAAUAUUUGUUUGGAAGAUUUAUCGGAUGUUGAAGCAGAGUUAAAGGUUAAAGAAAAUGUCAAAAAUAAGAAACGAAUAAAAAGAAAUAAGUCGGUUGCCGUAAAAAGGAAUGAAAAAGGGGAGACACAGCUUCACGUAGCUUGUAUCAAUGGCAAUAUUGAAACUGUAGAAAGAUUAUUAGAAUCUGGACAUUCAACGAGUGUUAGAGAUAAUUUUGGUUGGACUCCUCUUCACGAAGCAGCUAAUCAUGGUCAUGUGGAAAUUGCAAAAUUAUUAUUAAAGUAUGGUGCAGAUAUAAAUGAUCCUGGAAGUUUAAUGUGUCAAGGAGUUACUCCUCUUCAUGACGCGGCUUCUUGCGGUAAUUUUACUAUGAUAAGGCUAUUAAUCGAACACGGAGCAAAUGUAGAACUUAAAACAAACGAGGAUGAUACCGUACUAGAUUGUUUGGAACAGUGGAAAAAUCGUGUUGAUUUUUUAUCUCAUGAAGAUGAAGCGGAGUACAAUGAAUUACAUAAAAUAUUAUCUACUAUGAUACCGGCCAGUAAAACGAAAAUUUCGAAACGAUCUCAUAAAUCACCAUGCAAUUCAAAAACUCAUAUCGUAGAUGAAAGUGUUCGUAUAGAAAAGAUUUCUGCAGGUGAAGAUUAUAAAAGAACUAUAGCUAGCUUGAAACAUAGAAAUGAUCCAAUUGGAGCUUCUUUGUGCUCUACGAAACGAAAUGUGAAUCCACUUUUAAAUAGCGAGGAGAUCCUUUUGAAUGAUUGGCUAGAAGAUGAUAUGAAUAAAAAUAUAAAUAAUAGAAGGCAUUCUAAUGAAUAUUCCUUCUCAUUGACAAAAAGAAAAUCAAAUAAUGGAGGUGUUGAUGUCGAGAAAAAUUUAAAACGGCAGAAAACGAAUGACCAAGUUCUAAUAGUAAAUAAUGACGAGUUCGAUAUGAUAGAGGAAGAUAGUGAGGAUAACUGUGAUAUUGAAAUAAGACAGAUUUCUAGUGAAUGUAAAGUUCAGAAAAAAAAACAGCAAAUCUCUUUGUUAUCAGUUGGAUUUACUAAAGAUUCUACUUCUCGAAGUUCUUCACCUGUAACUCCAUCUGCUACAGAAUGCGAAUCGAGAGAAAUCGAUACUAUAAGGUCAGUUAUUUUAAACAUCUCUGUGGAUGGAAAAAUGUUCAAAACUCAAAUAGAAUUUUCGAAUACAGCAAGACCAUUAAUAGAAGAAAUUGUAGCUGAUAUUGAAACUAAAUUUUAUAAUGAUACAGGAUGUAAAACAAAACUAGAUUUGAAAACUAUGGAUGGUAUUGAGAUCAAUUGCAAUAAUGUGUUCGCGAUAUUAAAUGAAGGGAACAUCAUUAAAAAUUUGAUAUGCGAAAUAAUUCAGUUAGAAACUCCUUCUAUUGUUGAACGAUAUGGAACUAUUUGUAAAAAUUAUAAUAUAGAUGUCCGGGAAUGUAUGUUAAAGUGCUUAAAAUCAUGUGAAAAUACUUUUACUUUACGGCUGAAGCAAGAAGAUAUUGGAAAAGAAGAAUUUAUAUCCUUAUUGAAAACUUUGGAAUAUGAAAAGAAUGUUCAAAUAUUAGAUUUAUCUGGUGGUAACCUACAUGAACUCGGGAAAGUUUUAAACGCUUGUAUUUUAAGAUUGUCAACUUUACAAGAAUUGUGCCUUCAAGGAUGUGAUAUAGAUUCUACAUGUCUAAGUAAAUUGGAAAAACUACCUUCCCAACUUAAAUUUCUAGAUCUUAGCUAUAAUCCAUUUGGAUCAGCAAGUCAAGAAAUCUUGUGCAAACUUCUCACCCCUUUGACACAGCUUCGGACAUUGAAUUUGAGAUAUUGCCAAUUAAAUAACUUUCGUUUUUUUUUAAACAAUAGUAAUCUGGUAAACCUAGAUAUUUCUUGGAAUUGUUUUAGUGAAGAUGAGCUCUGUGCCACUUUACAAAGACAAUUACUUAACUUAAAUUUAUCCAAUACUGCUUCUAACAAUUUUAAUUUGGUGAAAAAUAUUUUUAAUAAAACAGAUUUUUCAUUUGUUACCUUGGAAUGUUUAGAGCUUGCUUCUUGCGAAUUGUCAAAUACCGAUAUUAGAAAUAUAUUGUCACAUGUAUCUAAUCUUUCGAAAUUGGUUUUAAAGGGAAAUAGAAAAGUGGGAGUACAAUCUCUAAAUAUGUUAUUAAAUUAUACACCAACAUUACAACACAUCGAUAUUAGUGGAUGCGAAAAUAUUAUGGAAUUUCCCGAUUCUGAAAUAUUUAUUGAGAAACCUGAAAUUUGUAAAUUAAUCGUGAGUAUGCAUCCAGAAGUAUGCGAUUGUUGGGUUCGAUUAUGGCGCGGAAAGGGUGUUGUGAAAAAACUACCACAUAAUCUUACUAUUUUUGAACCUGUAGUUUAAUAUUUUAAAUAUCGUUUAUACAUAAAGAUUGCUACAAAAUUAUAAAUUGCA